AUGCCGAAGUCUAUCCUGGUGGCUCUGAGCCUUGGUGCUGCGUCGCUCUUGGUGCUUCUGGAGCGCCGACGACGCUGCGCAGAAGGACGACUGGAGAAACUUCUGGAGGAACAUGUGGGAGAAGAGGGGCGAGUGGUCAUCACUGGUGCAGAUCGAGGCAUUGGCAAGGAGCUGGGCCGCUUACUGCUGCGACACCCGCGGGUGUCGUUGCUCUUGGGCUGUCUGGACCCGAGCGCUGCCGCGGCCGGAGACGACAACGAAAAACGCUGUCGGAUUUCGCCACUGGAGCUGCUGGACUUCGAUUCAGUGCAACGCUUCGCAGAAGAUGUACACGACUUCCUGAGCGACGGAGAACCCGGACUUCGGAUGUUGGUCAACAACGCUGGCUUCAAGGAACGCGUCGAAGGUGACCGCACCAAGUACGGCACUGGCAAGACGUGGCAGAUCAACUUUUUAGGUCCCUUCCUGCUGACCGAAUUCCUGGCGCGCCGCCGCGAGCGGGACGGGGUGGAAAUUCCCUGCAGCGUCAUCAACGUGGCCAGCGGCCACGAAUCUGAGUCCAACUUGGACAAACAGCUGCUGGAUUCCUUGGAAGUUGGAUGCGAAUCCACGGGGCACGACUAUCCAGACUCCAAGAGGGCCUUGUUGCUUUGGACUUCGGUGCGCUCCCAAAGUCUUGCCCUGAAGGGUCAUCUCUACACGCACGCGGUCUCUCCGGGGAAGGUGGAUACCAGGUUUGGUUGCGAUCACAUUCCAGAAGUGUUGUGGUGCUUGUCCAAGCCCUUCCGAAGCUUGCUGUACCGAAGCCAAGCAGAGGGUGCUUUGUCCAUUGCUGCGGCUGGGCUACGAAAACAUGCCACCAGCAAGUUUGGGCAAUACUUUCGAGGAGAAGAGUUGGUCGAAGACCUGGUGGUUUGGCGCAUGCCCGAGAAGCGUCUCUCCGUGCAGCUGGUGCGCUGGGCCGCCACGGCCACCGCCUUAGAGCCGCGCAGCGGUGGGCGGCCGCUGGACAUCGGUGGCCGAUCCCUAAGCGUUGGCGACCUCUUGGUGGGACGAGGGGAGGAGGACCGAUGGUCAACCUCUGAACGACGUUGGAGCACCGAGAUUUCCAACCUGUCACGACAGGUCAGCGAGGAGAUUCUGAUUCUCCCAGCUCGCAUCUCUGCGGUGCGACGGCUUCUCAUUCGCUGCCGCGAACGGCUGCUGCAGUGGCUGCCCUUCUGA